AUGAGACUCCUCACUCUUCUCUCACCGGCAUUGCUGGCGGCGACCGCCAUCUCAUCAUCUGCUUCUUCCUCUUCUUCCUCCCCAUCCUCCUCAGCAACCCCCGAACCCACCCCCGUCGGUCAACUCUGGACCGCCCAAUGGAAAGACUCCGACCUCUCCCCUUAUACCAAACUCUGCGCCUCGACCUCCAAAAUCACGGCCAAGAUCUUCAAACUCGGCGAAAUGUACCCCGACCUCAAGACCUGGGCACCCGAGCUCAAAGUCUUCUACAACAAGCAGCUCUACCCUGGGUCCUGGAACGGCGAAGACAAGCACGGCAAUGAUCGCGAAUUGAUGAAGAUGGAGUACGAAGAGCUGCCUUUUGCGGUCCGCGAGUGGAUUGCUAGGAAUCCGAAACAGAGACAUUUUAGUGUGCAGGAUGAGGUGGUGUUUUUCGCCCCGGGGGCUAUGUAUCCGAUUUUGCCGCUUUGGGUAGAGGAGCCGGAGGGGAAGGGGUUGGACUGUGAAGGUGUUUUCGAUGAUCUCGAGAAUUAUUCCAACGAGCCGAAAGAUGGGGUCGUGAUUGCGCGUCUAGAGCACAAGAAGACGGGGGAGAAGGAGGUGGAGGUUACCAUUGAGGCGAUGCAGGUUAAGAAGGCCGCGGAGCAAAAGCGGGACGAGCUGUAG